CCCAGCAGCCAAUGGGCGCGGAGGGUCUCCGCGGCAGGCAAAGCAAGCAGACGCAGUAGAACCCUUCGCGGAGGGAGGGAGAGAGAGAGAGAGAACGGGCAGGCAUGGCCCUGAACGACGGGGGAAACCCCUUCCAGGGGGACCCGGGGAAUCCCUUCCAGGACCCUGCUGUCAUCCAGCACAAGCCGAGUUCGGAGUAUGCCACCCUGGACGUCUACAACCCUUUUGACAACCCAGGGCAGCUUCCGCCUCCGUUUGAGUCCUCCACGCAGAAUGUUCCGCCGCCGCCGCCCACCCCAGCUGCUGCCUUGCAGCCCCCCAGAAAACCAAGCCCCACAGAGCCCAGGAAUUAUGGCUCCUACGGGACUCAGGAGUCAACCGCAGCGGCCACCGCUGAGCUGUUGAAACGGCAGGAGGAGCUGAACCGCAAAGCAGAGGAGCUGGACCGGAGGGAGCGCGAAUUGCAGAACGCCGCUCUGAGCGGUGGAGCAGCCAGACCGAACAACUGGCCCCCGCUGCCUUCCUUCUGUCCUGUGAAGCCGUGUUUCUAUCAGGAUAUUCCUAUGGAGAUUCCCGUCGACUCCCAGAAAACGGUCACUGUCAUGUACUACCUCUGGAUGGCCAGCACUGUGACGCUCUUCUUCAACUUCCUGGCGUCACUGACCUGGUUCUGUGUGGAUGCCAAUGGCGGCUCAGGCUUUGGCCUCUCCAUCCUGUGGGCACUGAUCUUCACACCGUGCUCCUUCCUUUGCUGGUAUCGGCCCAUGUACAAGGCCUUCAGGAGUGACAGCUCUUUCAACUUCUUCCUCUUCUUCUUCAUCUUCUUUGCGCAAGACGUGAUGUAUGUUUUCCAGGCCAUCGGCAUCCCUGGUUCGGGAUUCAGUGGUUGGAUUAUGAGCCUCACGGCACUGAAACAGAAUACCGGGGUGGCCAUCUUCAUGAUGCUGGUGGCCAUGCUCUUCACGGCAAUUGCUGGGCUUGGCAUCUUCAUGCUGAAACGGAUCCACUCCCUCUACCGCCGCACGGGCGCCAGCUUCCAGAAAGCUCAGGAGGAGUUUGCCGCCGGGGUGUUCUCCAACCAAACCGUGCGCACGGCAGCGGCCAACGUGGCCACCGGGGCAGCGACCAACGCCUUCCGAGCCCCGUAAAGUGUGUUUGGGGAUGUUGGCCACUGCUCUUCCUUUGGCCCCUUUCUCACGAGGGGCAGCUUCAACUGAAAAACCAAGUUGCACUUUUCCCUCUGUCGUCGGAAGUCCUUCCUGUGUGCUGAUUUUAGAAGGCUGCGCUGCUCCCUCCCUCUAUACUUUCUUCUCCCCACAUCCGAGAUUCAGCAUAGAAUCGACUCUGCUGUCACAUCCCAUGCAACCACUGCCUGCUGCAAGAACGACCGCUUCGUCUCCCCAGAACUGAAGAGGAGAGGCGGUUUCUGACUCCCUUUCCUCUUCCCCACACCAGGAGUUGCGGAGAACGGAGCAGCUCACCGUAUACCUUGCCCGUGACUUUUGCUAGAGCCUUUUUGCACUUGCACUCUGCCUCUGAUUUAGCCUGGGCAGGGAGUGGCAGACACCUCCACCUCCUCCCUUUCCAUUUCCUGUGGCUUUAUAUAAGCUACAGCAGUGAACAGCCGGGUGAAUCCCCAGCUGUGUCCUCCUAGAAUCUUCCUGGUACGGCUGCCGUGUCUUUUUACUGGCAGGGGCUCUUUGGCCGUUCACAUCUGCCUGACAGGUGGAACAUCAGCCGACGUGCCCUUUUUCACCCCUGGCGCAGGGGAUGCAGUGGCAAGGAAAUGGGCACCUGUUGAAUAUCUGCCUGUUGACGGAUGCUGCAGCCCUGCUCGGAGGAAGCCUGGUGGACCCAGUUGCUGGGGAACAUGGGUUGGAGGGUGCUGUUGCACCUUGUCUUGCUUGUUCAUCCCUGGCCGAUGGCUGGUCGGCCACUGUGUGAACAGUGUGCUGGACUAGAUGGACCCUUGGUCUGAUCCAGCAGGGCUCUUCUGAUGCUUUUAUGACCCAUUCCCUUGCAUGCGUGAUGUUGCCGGCUGCUUGACAGGAAUGGGAAAACAAUCUCUUUGCCUCUUCUUCUCCCCAUUUACCCAUUUGAUCCCCCCCCCCCCGGAGGUAGCCUCAGUUGUUCCACUUAUUUUGGUUCCCUUUGUGGCAGCUCCGUAGUUUAAGAGCUCUGGGUCAUCCCAUUGGGGUAGCGAAGAGAAGAGAUGCUGGGUGAUUUUGGCAGUCCUUGUUAUUGAUGAAUUGUGCCCUUUGAGUCCCCUUUACCCCAUGCUUUAGGCUGCCCCCCCCGCGGUGUUUAGUAGGGUGUUCUGCCGGUGCUGGCCACUGGGGGUGGUGUUGACCUACGUAAACAACUGCCUUAUUCAUACUGGGAUUAACACUUGUGUUUUUUUGCUCUGUUAAAGGCUUGCGUGUAACACCGGAUCGAUCUCCGUAGCUCCUGCGAUGGCUUGCGUGGGCUACUUUAGCCAGCUCCUGGCCUUCUGUUUUCCCCACAGCCUGUGGGGGCUCUGUGCCUCUGAUCUUCAUACCCUUCAGCUUCACAUUCCCCCGGGUUUUGUCCAUAACACCCUGCCUUAUGUUCCACGCAGCGUAUCUUCCUUUUGGAAGCGGGCUGGCGGCUCACCGCCUGCAUUAUUGCAAAUUCUCUUCUCUUCCCAUCCCAUCUUGCAGUCAUGCUUCUUUUACUGGUUUUCCAUUUUUUAAAAAAGUGUUGUUUUUUUAAAAGUACACUGGAAAUAAAAGAACUAACUACCCACCACGUGGAGCAGAGGGUGUUUCAUGUACGCCUUUGUACACGAUGCGUGUUAGAAGAGGCGGCACACUUACAAAAGUAUCCUGGAACUUUCUGUUUUCCUGUCUAUCUCAAAAUCUGAGAGUGUUUUGAUCUUUAAAGCUGUUGUCCGUCACAGUAUCAGGGUUUUAUAUCUGCUUUAGAAACGUAUCUCAGACUCCCCCCGUGUUCCCAGGGCGUAGAAAGAGGUGAGGGUGGAGGUCUGAGGUACAUCCGUGGCCCCUUUUGCUAUGUUUUAGAGGCUUAACUUGAGGCUUUGGAUCUUUGAUAUGCAAAGAGGCUGUGUUGAUUUCUCCCCUUCUUGAUCUCUGUUUCACGUCUGUUUUUCGCCACUCUGCUUGUGCCGCAACUCCCUGCUGGUUCUGGAUUUCACCCUAGCAAAAGGGUUUGCGUUGUUCUGUGGCCUGUUUCGUUCAUUUCACCCCCCUGAAGACCACCUGCUCUGUGCCACAUCUUUCCCCUGUGUCUCUGGAGUUACUGGAUCUGUAUUGUGUAUCCAAUAUUUUCCUGACUCACUUGAUGCUCUGUCUGCCUACCCCCUGCUCCAAUCCGUUGGACUUUCCUGUCCUUCUGUGUGUAUGUGUGUGGUUCCCCCCUUUUAUUUUUGCUGUGCCAAAUGCAAGAUGACUUAUGGAACUUUAUUUAAGGAAUAAACUACAUUUGAACUCA